CUCGUGUCCUUCGCCCCGGAAGUGCUCUUCGGGCGCUGCUCGCCGGCGUGACUUCGAACGCUUCUCGCUGUGGCGCCGGUGGCUGUGCAGUGCUGCAGCUGGGUCCCCUUCGCGCCUGUUCUGCGCCGGCCAUGAGGCUGCUGGGAGCCGUCGCGGCCGCGGCUCUGGGGCGCGGGCUCCCGCGGGGCCCUGCCGUCCUGGGCCGGCAGGGGAGGCAGGUUAAUUGGAAGGUCUGCCGAUGGUGUUCAGCAGGGGUGAUUCCUAAUGAAAAAAUACGAAAUAUUGGAAUCUCAGCUCACAUUGAUUCUGGGAAAACCACAUUAACAGAACGAGUGCUUUACUACACAGGCAGGAUUGCAAAGAUGCAUGAGAUGAAGGUCGUCUUGUUAAAUCAUGUACUUUAAAAGCUGAAUCCUUCCCACCUAGGCCUCAGACUCCACAUGCAGCAGAGCAGGGGAAAAUCUGUUCUCUGAACAUCUGCUCCUGGACUAACAUGAGGGUGGUGGGCAGGAACAGUGCAGAGAGAUAAAGGAUGGCUCUAAGACCAGGUGAAAGGUAAAGAUGGAGUUGGUGCUGUCAUGGAUUCCAUGGAGCUAGAGAGACAAAGAGGAAUCACUAUUCAGUCAGCGGCCACCUAUACCAUGUGGAAAGACGUCAAUAUUAACAUUAUAGAUACUCCUGGGCAUGUGGACUUCACAAUAGAAGUUGAAAGGGCCCUGAGAGUGUUGGAUGGUGCCAUCCUUGUUCUCUGUGCUGUCGGAGGGGUGCAGUGCCAGACCAUGACUGUUAAUCGUCAAAUGAAGCGCUACAACGUUCCAUUUCUAACUUUCAUUAACAAACUGGACCGCACGGGCUCCAACCCAGCCAGGGCCCUACAGCAAAUGAGGUCUAAACUAAGUCAUAAUGCAGCAUUUGUGCAGAUACCCAUUGGUUUGGAGGGUGAUUUUAAAGGUAUUAUAGAUCUUAUUGAGGAACGAGCCAUCUAUUUUGAUGGAGACUUUGGUCAAGUUGUUCGGUAUGGAGACAUCCCAGCAGAGUUCCGCACAGCAGCCGCUGACCACCGGCGGGAGCUGAUCGAAUGUGUUGCUAAUUCAGAUGAGCAGCUUGGUGAGAUGUUCCUGGAAGAAAAAAUCCCCUCAAUUUCUGAUAUAAAGCUUGCAAUCCGAAGAGCUACUCUAAAUAGGUCAUUUACUCCUGUCUUUUUGGGAAGUGCUUUGAAGAACAAAGGCGUCCAGCCUCUUUUAGAUGCUGUUUUAGACUAUCUACCAAAUCCAUCUGAAGUCCAGAAUUAUGCUAUUCUCAAUCAGGAGGAUGACUCAGAAGAAAAAACCAAAAUCUUAAUGAACUCCAAAAGAGACAAUUCCCACCCAUUUGUAGGCCUGGCUUUUAAACUGGAGGCAGGUCGAUUUGGACAGUUAACUUACGUUCGCAAUUAUCAAGGAGAGUUGAAGAAGGGUGACACCAUCUAUAACACCAGGACAAGGAAGAAAGUGCGAGUGCAGCGGCUCGUUCGCAUGCAUGCUGACAUGAUGGAGGAUGUUGAGGAAGUGUUUGCUGGAGACAUCUGUGCAUUAUUUGGCAUUGACUGUGCUAGUGGAGACACAUUCACAAACAAAGACAAUAGUGCUCUUUCUAUGGAGUCAAUUCAUGUUCCUGAUCCUGUCAUUUCAAUAGCAAUGAAGCCUUCUAACAAGAAUGAUCUGGAAAAAUUUUCAAAAGGUAUUGGCAGGUUUACAAGAGAAGAUCCCACAUUUAAAGUCCACUUUGACACGGAAAGCAAAGAGACAAUUGUAUCUGGAAUGGGAGAAUUACACCUGGAAAUCUAUGCUCAGAGGAUGGAAAGAGAAUAUGGGUGUCCUUGUAUCACAGGAAAACCAAAAGUUGCUUUCAGGGAGACCAUUACUGCUCCUGUACCGUUUGAGUUUACACAUAAAAAACAGUCAGGUGGUGCGGGCCAGUUUGGAAGAGUGAUGGGUGUUCUGGAGCCCCUGGACCCAGAGAACUACACUAAGUUGGAGUUUUCAGAUGAAACAUUCGGGGCAAAUAUUCCAAAGCAAUUUGUGCCUGCUGUAGAAAAGGGGUUUUUGGAUGCCUGCGAGAAGGGCCCUCUUUCUGGUCACAAGCUCUCUGGGCUCCGGUUUGUCCUGCAAGAUGGAGCGCAUCACAUGGUUGAUUCCAAUGAAAUCUCUUUCAUCCGCGCAGGGGAAGGUGCUCUUAAACAAGCUUUGGCAAAUGCAACAUUAUAUAUUCUUGAACCUAUUAUGUCUGUGGAAGUUGUAGCCCCACAUGAAUUUCAGGGACCAGUGAUUGCGGGCAUUAACCGGCGCCAUGGGGUAAUCACAGGACAAGAUGGAAUUGAGGACUAUUUUACAUUGUAUGCAGACGUCCCUCUUAAUGAUAUGUUUGGUUACUCCACUGAGCUUCGGUCAUGCACAGAGGGAAAGGGAGAAUACACGAUGGAGUACUGCAGAUAUCAGCCGUGUUCACCGUCCACACAGGAAGACCUCAUUAAUAAGUAUUUGCAAGCUACAGGUCAACUUCCUGUAAAAAAAGGAAAAGCCAAGAACUAACCUCACUUUAAGUUGACUAACUGAAUCUGCAAGGUUUAAAUACUUUAAUCAAUUCAAGCUGAAAUAAGAAAUUUUAGAAGCCCUUCCUGUUUUGUUCAGGAGCUUCUAUUAUAUUCAAAGAUAAUUCUAUGUAUAUCUCAACUCUGUUGAUUGGUUUUAUAGUUCAUUGAAAAACCUCAAAUAAGAUAUGAUUAUUACUGAAAUAUAUUUAAUAUUUAUCUAAGGGGGAAGAGACUAAUUUCACUUAUACUUCUGAGCUUAGAAUGUGUGUAAACUUCCUUUCCAUAAUUUUUAUCAUAAGAAUUUUCAGCGUAUUUCAGCAUAUUUCAGAAGAGCUGAAAAAACAGUGUAAAGAACAGCCAUGUGUCUUCCAUCUAGACUCAACAAUGAACAAUCUUGUUAACAAUUUGUCGGAUAAUAAUUUGUUUUGUCAUAUUUGCU